AUGGUAGCUCAAGUCAUCUCGAAUUCCGGUCACGAUGACAUGAUCCACGAUGCCGUUCUCGACUAUUACGGACGCCGCUUAGCAACCUGCUCAUCCGACAAGACGAUCAAGAUUUUCGAGGUUGAGGGAGACUCACACCGCUUGGUAGACACACUCAAGGGACAUGACGGCGCUGUCUGGUGUGUUUCAUGGGCACACCCAAAAUACGGCACCAUCCUCGCUUCAUCAUCCUACGACGGCAAGAUCUUUGUCUGGCGCGAACAGAACGGCCAAUGGCAGCGCAUCUACGAUUUUACCCUCCACACCGCCAGCGUCAAUCUGAUUGCCUGGUCACCGCCAGAGCCCGGUUGCCAUCUGGCUUGCGCCUCGUCCGACGGCUCGGUCUCCGUCAUCACCUUCAGCGAUAACUCCUUCUCGCACUCCAUCUUCCCAGCACACGCCAUGGGCGUCAAUGCCGUUUCAUGGAGUCCAUCACUCCUGCCCGCCCAGCUCGCUGCUGCUCAAACCCCUCAAUCUCAACCACAACCGCUACGUCGCUUCGUCACAGGCGGCAGCGACAACCUGGUCAAGCUCUGGGACUUCAACCCUCAGUCUCAAUCGUACGACAACAUCUGUACGCUUGCAGGACACUCGGACUGGGUGCGCGAUGUCGCAUGGUCACCCACACCCCUCUCCAAGUCGUACAUUGCUUCGGCCUCGCAAGACAGAACUGUACGAAUCUGGACGUGUCAGGCAAAUGCUGAUCCUGCGAGCUCAUCAAACUGGCAAAGCACAGAGCUCAAGUUUGAUGCUGUUGUCUGGCGUGUCAGCUGGAGUCUGAGCGGCAACGUCCUGGCUGUCAGCGGUGGCGACAACAGAGUCAGCUUGUGGAAGGAGAGCCUCAAGGGUGGAUGGGACUGCGUGAAGACUAUCGAGGAGUAG